CAGCACCAUGGCUGACGAACAAGCUGGGGCAGCAGCCGGUAGCAUGAUGAUGAUACCGUGGUUUUUGGGUGGGCCGUGGGUGCCUAAAUAUGAGGGGAAGAGUAACCAAACCCCUUUGACCGAAUGGCGAAAUCAAAUUGAAGUCUACUUGAGAGCACAAACUUUGACUGCAGCACAAAAAGUUGACUUUGUAAUGAGUGCUCUUCAAGGUGAGGCUAGGAGGGAAAUUCAAUUACUUAAAGACACUGAUAGGGACUCGGAGAGUAAAAUAUUUGACAAACUUGAAAAACUGUAUGAGGGGGACAAGAGUGUUAGUAAACUCAGAUCAUUGUUUUUUAAAUGCCAGCAGCAGACAGGGGAGGGGGUGGGCCCAUUCAUCUUGCGUCUCCGCGAGUCCCAUUUCAGGUGGCGGAAGAAGGAGCCGGCGGCGGGGACUGAUGACGAGUUGCUUCGAAGCCAGAUGAUCCUGGGACUGUUGCCCGGGGCCGUGCAGACGGAGCUUCAACGCAGAGUACGUCGUGAACCGACCCUAACGUUUGAGGAGGCAUGCAAGGAGGCCAAGGCCCUGGAGAAGGAGAGCAAGCAGACAGAAGAGGAGACUUUUGACACCCGGCGGACAUACAGCACCCCCCCACAACCUUCUCAACCUGCUCCCCCAGAGAAAGCAGACCCCCUACAAGAUUGGAGCAAGCUUAAGGAGGCCUUGCGAGCAGAGUUGGCAGAAGAGCUGCGAGCUCAGGUAACCGAUUUAAAAACCUCCCUGCUGUCAGAGAUGAGAAACCAGCAGCACAACCGCCAGCAGCCAGAAGCCUCUGCGAGCAGGGGACAGGGGGCCAAUCGCCCUCCUCGACGAAUGCGGCAGCCCACAUGGGACGACCAGGGCCGUCCAAUCUGCUUGGGUUGUGGCCAGGCGGGACAUAUGCUUCGCGAUUGCCCGCAGACGAGAGCAGCGAACAGUCGGAGCGUGUUGGAAGAAGGGAAAUCGGGGGCUGCGCCAAUGCGAACCGCCCUUGUCGGGGAGAGCCCUUCAGUCGAAAUUCUGGUUCAAGGAAAAAGAGUCCCUUGCAUCCUCGACACUGGAUCACAAGUGACUCUGUUCAGUAAGGGCCUGUUCCGCAGUCACCUCCAAGACUCAGAAGUAAAGGAGGUGAGUGACAUCCCCUGGCUAACCUUGAAGGCAGCUAACGGGUUAGCUCUACCAUACAUUGGCUAUGCAGUACUGGACUUUGAGGUGGGGGGGGUGGCAGUUCCUGGUAAGGGGGUGGUCGUCGUGGAAGAUAAAUACCUUCCGCCUGCUUACGGCAUUCUGGGUAUGAAUGUUAUCCAACACUGUUGGGAGGGCCUGCGGCAGCAGGGGGGUCACCAACUCACUCUGUUUAAGUCUACACUCCCCAGGGAAGCAGUCGCGGCCUGGGACCAGGCUUUCACGACAUGUCGGAGGCUGGAGGCAGCAGAAAACCGGGGACCCAACAUCGGCCUUGCCAGACUACGAACCUCCGACCCAAUUCGCUUGGCACCCCAAACCGAGACGGCGGUGUGGGCACACGUUCCAGAGGCACCCAGGGCCGACCAGGAGGACGUUUUGUUGGAAGACUGCUACCACGGGGGUCAGGAGUGGUGUGUCGGACGUGCAGUAACUCGGCUGCGGGAAGGCAAGGUGCUGCUUCGGGUGUGUAACCCCCACCCAUACCCAGUGGAGCUACCCUCCCGGCGGCCACUAGCUCGUGUAAUGCGCCUGGGGUGGGACGACAUCCAGGCACCGAAUCAGCUGGUGCUGCGUCAAGAAGCCGACGCGGUGGUAGUAGACGUGAGACCAGUGAGUAAUCCCCUACCCAGCUACUUGUCUACCCUUCUGGAGCAGACUGAGGGGCUGACUCCUGACCAGUCCAGCCAGCUACAUGAACUACUGGAGAGAUGGCAGAAGGUGUUCGCUCAGAGUGAGGAAGAUUACGGGCGCACGGAUGCGGUGUACCACACCAUCCCCACUGGCAACGCGGCUCCCAUUCGCCAGCGCUAUCGACCAGUUCCACCGAAUCUCUACAAUGAACUGAGGACUCUGCUGCGGGAUAUGCUGGAGGGCGGUGUCAUCCGAGACAGCGCCAGCCCAUGGGCAUCCCCGGUGGUGUUGGUGAGGAAAAAGGAUGGUUCAUGGAGGUUUUGCGUGGACUAUAGGAAGCUGAAUGAAGUCACGCACAAGGACGCUUUCCCACUUCCCAGGGUGGAGGAAUCGCUGACUAGUUUAAAAAAGGCCCAGUGGUAUUCCACCCUGGACCUGGCAAGUGGGUACUGGCAAGUUGAAGUCCACCCAGCUGACAAGGAAAAAACUGCUUUUGCUACCCCAAUGGGUCUGUAUGAGUUUGAAAGAAUGCCGUUUGGCUUAUGCAAUGCCCCCGCGACCUUUCAGAGACUUAUGCAGCGUUGCUUGGGGGGGCAAGUGCAUGAAUUUUUGUUGAUUUAUUUGGACGAUAUUAUUUUAUACUCACCUGACUUCUCUUCACACCUAGGACAUCUGGAGCAGGUGUUCGCCAAGCUGCAUGGACAUGGCUUGAAGCUGCAGCCGGCCAAAUGUCACCUCUUCAAGCGUUCCGUGGAGUACCUGGGCCACGUUGUAAGCGCGGGGGGCGUGGCCACGGACCCCAAGAAGACUGAGGCGGUUCAGGAGUGGCCGGUCCCCAAGACUGUUCGGGAAGUGCGUUCAUUCCUGGGGUUCGUUGGAUACUACCGCCGCUUCAUCUCCGCCUUCUCCCGGAGGGCUGGGCCACUGCAUGCGUUGCUGAGGGGGGCUGGCGGUAGCAAGACUAGACCCAUUGACUGGACCCCAGAAUGUGAAGCGGCCUUCCAGGAUCUCAAAGAAGCCUUACUGAAGGCCCCGGUCCUGGGUUACGCAGACUUUUCCCUUCCGUUUAGGCUGUACACGGAUGCCAGCCUGCAUGGACUGGGGGCCGUGCUGGCCCAGGUACAGGAGGGACAAGAACGUGUUAUUGCGUAUGCAAGCCGGGGUCUCCAUGAAACGGAGCGCAAUGACCAAAAUUACAGCGCUUUCAAGUUGGAGCUCCUGGCAUUGAAAUGGGCUGUGACGGACAAAUUUAGAGACUACCUCUGGGGCUCUACUUUCCAAGUGUUCACUGACCACAGGCCCCUGCUUCAUUUGCAGACGGCGAACCUCGGGGCUGUGGAACAGAGGUGGGCGGCCCAGCUGGCAAACUUCAACUUCUCGCUGCACCAUAAGCCUGGGGCUGAGCACCAAAAUGCAGAUGGCUUGUCCAGGCUCAAAGCGGCCGUGGCAGCAGUCAUCAACACUAGGGCCGCAGUGGGACCCCAGCAGUUGACCGAAUCACAAGAGGGAAGCUCCUGGGCCGACCGGCAGGGACUGGACCCGGAGCUGGCCAAGAUUCGUCAGUGGCGGCAAGAGGGGAGGCUGCCUACCCGGGAGGAGCGUCAGUCCCUCCAGCCCACUGGGAGGCAACUUCUGGGGGAAUGGGAGAGGUUGGAAGUGAGAGAUGGAGUGUUGGUGAGACAGCGUCCAUCCUACGAUGGAGUAAGCGAGGGGGUGGCAAUUGUGGCCCCUGCAGCUGAAACGAAGACCUUGUGGAACCAGUACCAUGUGGCGCUUGGCCAUGCCAAGGGCGACCGGCUUCUGAUGGCACUGCAGGAACGGCUCUUCUGGAUCGGGAUGAGCAAGGAUUGCGACCAGUGGAACCAGAACUGUCACCAAUGUGUGCUUAGACGUAAAGAGGCUGGGCCCAAGGCACCCUUAUGCUCUAUUGCAAGUGGCUACCCCUGGGAGACCCUCGCCCUAGACUAUUUUUCAUUACGGCGCCCAGGGGAAACCCACCAGUACAUAUUAGUAAUUGUCGAUCUCUUUUCCAGAUACGCCUUCGCUGUGCCUACUACAGACCAGACCGCAGCCACGACUGCAAGGGUGCUGUGGAGGACUGUGUUCCAGCCUUUCGGCUGUCCAGAGCGUAUCCUGACGGAUCAGGGUGCGGCGUUUGAGGCAGACCUGACCCAGCAGUUGUGCGAACUGUACGGGUGCCGGAAAGUGAGGACGACUCCGUAUCAUCCCCAAGGAAACGGGGCUUGUGAACGGAUGAACCAGACAAUCCUCGGCCUGCUGAAUACCCUGGAGUGGAGGGAGCAGCCACGGUGGCGGGAGCACCUUCCAGGCCUCGUGCACGCCUAUAACAACACGCCCCACAGUGUGACAGGCCUUGCCCCCUUCUUUGUAGUGUUCGGCCGCCAUGCCCGUCUUCCGGUAGACCAGACUGCAGGGUUGGUGAGGCCAGAGCAGCGGGUCACCAGGCACGAGUGGGUUCGCCGGCACCAUGACCUCCUGCAGGGUGCAUACCGGCGGGUGAAGGACCGGACACAACUGCGACAGCAACAGGACCAGGCACGGCUCAAUCGGGGCCGUCGUGCCCAGCCUCUGCUGCCAGGGGAGAGGGUCCUCGUGCGGGACUUCCGCCGACGGGCGCAUGGCAAGCUGGGCUACCACUGGAACCCCCAGCCGUAUGUAGUCCAGAGCCAGCCCCUGAAGGACCGACCGGUCUAUGUGGUGCGGCCAGAAGGGAAGGAUGGGCCUGUGCGCACUAUCCAUCAGAACAACCUGUGCGUCCCACCCAGUGACUGGAGGAGUGGGGCUCGUGGAGGCGCAGGUGAGUGGGUAGAUAGGCCCGUAAGGCAGCAGGAAGCUGAGGGAGGGCCGCAGUUGGGGUGGUGGCCAGUGGGAUUCCCCACCGAACCAGCACGGCAGGUGGCAGCUGGGGAUGAUGGGGGGAUGGUGGGCGGUGUCCCAGAGGGUGCUGCUGAAAUGGCGUUGGGUCCACGGCGGUCUCAGCGGGCAAACCUGGGGGUGCCGCCCAUGAGGUACCGAGACUAGUGGUCGGGACGACCAAUGUUUAAGUGGGGGGGAAUGUCAUGUUGGGUUUUUCUGUUUGUGCUGUACAUUUUCUGUUGGGCUAGCACCUUUGUUUGUGAAUUACUGUGGGAAUUGCUGGACUGCUAUGGACUCCGUAUAUGGACUGGGGAUUAUUGGUCGGGAGGAAUGGACUGAUCGGAUUGGUGGGACUGACUGAUUCGGGGUGGGAGAAAUGCUUUUUCUACACAGGGGAUUUGGCACGGAGGAGGAGGGCUUCCUGGGGGCCAAGGCGGCGACGUCACCAAGCCGCGACGGAACCGGCACAGCGGAUGCGACCACAACAACUCCACCACCACUAGCAGCUGCAGGAGAUCCAGCAGAUCUGCCGGCUUUGAUGAUGGGCUCAAACACACACCUGUCAAAGGAAAGUGCUUUUCUUCUUCGUAUCCAGUUGUUGUAUGCUUGAGCUAUGUACUAGUCUCCUCCUGGUGCCAGUCGCUGUUGUUUGUUCCGAGGUACCCGGAACUCGAGGAGCGCUGGAUGGGAGCAGGAGCGGCCGUGGGGAGCCAGGAGGACAGCGACGAAAGACAUGAUACAACGCUAGCUAUCUUCUAAACGAAGGGAAGUUAUUGUGUCCUGAUUGUGUGUGUGUGAUCACGGUUACGAGAGACUGCCGGCUUCUCAGUGCUGCUGUUGUCAUUUCAGAGAGCUUCCUGCGGGACGAGGAGUCGUCACGGAAGGACUGCUGGGAGUUGGUAGCUGAAGACUGUAGCCGGACUGGUGAAGGGAGUUCCGUCGGUCACCGUUCCGCCUGGUAUCGCGUUCGCCACGGCGGACCCAGGGGGUCAUAAGUGGACUGAAAGCACAGCUAAGUUGUUGUUUGUUUUUUUGUUUUUUUUGGGGUCGGCGUGGGGAAGCCGCCGACCCAACGUGGACUCUUUACUCUGUGUUUGGUAGCAGCCCAUCUGCUUGGUACUGAGCAGAUCCCCGUGAACUCCUCUUAGAUGGUGCAACGCAUCAUUGCUAAAUGACGUCAGGAAUUGUUGCGAGUAGAGUAGUGUAACAUACGAGUAGACCUUUUGCUAGCGUGUGGGUUGCUGUUUUACUUUUAGGUCCAUGGCAUGUGGUCUCUAUGUGGUCAUGGGGUUACUAAUAGGUGUGCUGUGAUUCCUAACUGCAUGCGAGUGAUCCUUGGUAUUGCUGUGCCAUCUAUUGUGUGUCGAUAUUGUUAUUUGGGUGUAAUUAUUUUUGGUUGUUAUUUUGAUGUAAUUUUCUUUCUUUUCUAUUAUUAACUCGGGGUUUGACCAUUCAGGAUGACUACAUUGCUGUGAUCAUUGUGUGCUGUGGAACUUUGCUAUGAACUGGUUGCUGUGUUAAAUCCCUGACUGAUUGUGCUCUGAUGUGCCUAAUGUGGGUGUAUUGUGGUAUUGCAUGACUGAAGCCACUCUUGUUCUGGGUCGGGGGUGGGGAAUUGUCUGUUACCAUCAGUGUGCUGCUGACCCUUGAAAAUAAACCUUUAAAACUGAUUCUUCUGUUGUGGUGUCUUGUGUCUUCGAGGGGAUUGAAUCUGUGUAACCAAG